AGGUGACGACAAAUGGAGGGACACAUGAAUGAGUGUUUGACAGGCGGGAUGAAAGUGGUAAAAAAAAUAAAUAAUAACAGAUGCAGCGUGAUUUGAUGGGUAGAUGGAUGGAUGGAUGAAUGUAUGGAUGAAUGGAGGAGGGGGAGGAGGAGAAGAAAGAAUACAAACACACACGAGCCAGUAUCACUUUGACGUCCUCUGACGUCACGCUGAUGCAGAUCUGCCCGGUCGGAGGCGAGCAGAGGAGCAGAGGAAAAACAUUAAAAGUCCUCAACACAUUAAAAUGUCUUUAGCAUCCUUUCCCUUGGACGACCACGUGACAGCCGGCGCACGGCGCAGCGGAUUAGAGUGCGUUUUCAUCGGAGAGCGAAGGCGUCAGAAGCUGCGGUAAACACGUCGCAGUUUCUUCAUCUUUUUUCUGUUAGACCAUAUUGAGGUCAGAAAAAAAAGCGUUGCCACGGCGACCGGCUUGCUAGGGAAGACACUGCGGCGCGCGUCACACGCCGGGGACAGACGUGCGCGUGGGCGUGCGCGUGACGGUGCGCGUUCCAAAGGCGAAGCGGACGCGGCGCCAGCACACCAGCAGCGGCAGCGGCACAAGCGUCAUCUCACCCGUCUACCGCCGGAGAACCGCACCGCGCAUCUCCGCCCUCACCGAGGCUCGCACCGGCUACUGCGGGCGCUGAUUGAAGCACUCGAUGAGGACAUUUAUCCAGGAUUUAUCGGAGGAAACAUACACCCGGCUGCAGCUGCAAGCGCUGGUCCGCACAGGUGACUCAAUCCGCCGAGUCCCUGCAGACACGUCCGUGUUAUUUUGUUUUUGAAGGGAAAAUAUUGACCUUAUCUCUGUGGCAAACAGGAGCGGUCAGAUAAUUGAUGCACAGUUCACCUUUUCCGAACCGAGCCUGCAUGUUCCGAUGGGGAACCAUACCACGUCCCUGUGAUUCCUGUGCUGUGUAAUGCAGUGGCACUGCUUCUUUUUUUCCGAGUCUCCAAACAUGACCCACCUGCUGGACUGAACGAGUUUUUUUCUCGUCUGGAGAAGACUAGAGGAGGAAGAAGACAAGGAGAAGGGGAGAAAUCUUUAAAAACAAAGAAAAGAAAAGAAAAAGAAGAUCGGAAAAGCGGGGUUAAAAGAGUCUUCGAUGAAAAUCUGGCAUCCUAUCGGCCAGAUUAACAGGACUCAGUGGGUGUUCCAAAGAUCUGUCCAAUGAUCUGGAUGCGAGCAGAUCAAUAGUGAUGGAACGCAACAGACCCAUGGCUGGGGAAGCUUUGAGGAUCGCCAUUACUUGGAAUCAGUACUGACCUGGCCCCACCUCCUUCCUCUGCACCCCCACCCCAGGGAAGAUCUCGAUCCUGGCGACAGUUCUGUUGUCCACACAGCUCACCUGGUAUUGAAAAACCCUGAAGAGGCGUCUUUUUUAAUCUUAAAGGGCCAGUGGGCCUUUUUCUUUAAUCCGUCUCCUAUGUUUCAUCUACCAUUUUGCUGGUCAUAAUUUGCCGUCUUUUAUAAAAACAAACCAAAACCACAAAUAUACUCUGCCAAACUAGAAGCAGGUGGCGGAACAGUAUGAAUCCACUCGUGUCCCCUCUUCCGCAUGCUUUGAGCAAGCGCAGUCGACGAGGUGCGUCCUGCAGGACUGCGGCGACACACUGGUGCCUGAUGGGUGCGCUCAGCCUCGUCCUGCUCUUCAGCUUGGCCUCAAGCCAGAAGAUGGAUCCAUCCAAACACCCAAUAGUGACCACCAACUACGGCAAGAUCAGAGGCAUCAAGAAAGACUUGAACAACGAAAUCCUCGGCCCCGUGGAGCAGUACCUUGGCGUUCCUUACGCCACAGCGCCCAUCGGCGACCACCGCUUUCAGCCGCCCGAAGCUCCCGGAUCCUGGCAGGAGAUCCGUAACGCCACACAGUUUGCCCCCGUCUGUCCUCAAAACAUUCACGGCGUGCUGCCAGAGAUAAUGCUCCCCGUGUGGUUCACAGACAACCUGGACGUGGCAGCCGGUUACAUCCAUAACCAGAGUGAGGACUGCCUUUACCUGAACGUCUACGUGCCCACGGAAGAUGGUCCGCUCACAAAAAAACACGAUGAAUCUUCAAUGAACAGGCCUCGAGACGAAGAUAUCCGUGACCGCAGGAAGAAGCCUGUCAUGCUGUUCAUUCAUGGAGGCUCCUACAUGGAAGGCACCGGAAACAUGUUCGAUGCCAGCGUACUCGCCGCGUACGGCAACGUGAUCGUGGUGACCAUGAACUACCGACUCGGCGUUCUCGGUUUCCUCAGCACUGGCGAUCAGUCUGCGAAGGGAAACUACGGUCUACUGGACCAGAUCCAGGCCCUGCGCUGGCUCAAUGAGAAUAUCGGCCACUUUGGUGGAGAUCCAGAGAGGAUAACCAUCUUUGGCUCUGGAGCUGGGGCCUCCUGCGUCAACCUUCUCAUCCUUUCUCACCAUUCUGAGGGUCUCUUCCACAGGGCCAUAGCUCAGAGUGGAACUGCCAUCUCCAGUUGGUCCGUCAACUACCAGCCACUCAAGUACACCAAGAUCCUUGCCCGGAAGGUGGGCUGCACCUACUCAGAGACGGCCGACCUGGUGGACUGCUUGAGACGCAAAAACUUCAGGGAGCUAGUAGACCAGGACAUCCAACCAGCUCGCUACCACAUUGCCUUUGGUCCUGUAGUUGAUGGUGAUGUGGUGCCAGAUGAUCCUGAGAUCCUCAUGCAGCAGGGGGAGUUCCUCAACUAUGACAUCCUUAUAGGAGUGAACCAAGGAGAGGGGCUGAAGUUCGUGGAUGACAGUGAAGACAAUGACGGCAUCUCAGCAGCCGCCUUCGACUACACCAUCUCUAACUUUGUAGAUAAUCUCUAUGGAUACCCUGAAGGCAAAGACAUCCUGAGGGAAACCAUUAAGUUUAUGUACACGGACUGGGCUGACAGAGACAAUGGUGACAUGAGGAGGAAGACUCUCUUAGCUCUAUUUACGGACCACCAGUGGGUGGCGCCAGCAGUGGCCACCGCCAAGCUCCAUGCUGAGUUUCAGUCCCCAGUGUACUUUUAUACUUUUUACCACCACUGCCAGACUGAGACUCGACCUGAAUGGGCCGACGCGGCGCAUGGAGAUGAGAUACCGUACGUGUUCGGAGUUCCCAUGAUCGGCGCCACGGAUUUGUUCCCAUGCAACUUCUCCAAGAACGAUGUAAUGCUGAGCGCUGUGGUCAUGACCUACUGGACCAACUUUGCUAAAACUGGGGAUCCUAACCUGCCAGUGCCCCAGGACACUAAGUUCAUUCACACCAAACCGAAUCGCUUUGAAGAGGUUAUCUGGACCAAGUUCAACUCAAAGGAUAAGCAGUAUCUCCACAUUGGCUUAAAACCACGAGUAAGAGACAACUACAGGGCCAACAAAGUGGCCUUUUGGCUGGAGUUAGUCCCACAUCUUCACAGUCUCCAUGAGGUGCUCUUCCCUACCACGACCCGAUCACUACCAGGCCCCCGUCCUAGCACCUACGGACCCUGGCCUAGACCGCCAGGUCCUCGCACCACUCGUCACCCAUACCCUACAUUUCCGCCGGAGAUGGACGGAGACGGAUCGGAUCGUCCGCCCCAGGUUCUGUUCCCGGGAGACCCGCGGGACUACUCCACUGAACUCAGUGUGACAGUGGCUGUGGGGGCGUCACUUCUCUUCCUCAACAUUCUUGCCUUUGCUGCACUGUACUACAAACGUGAUAAGCGACACGAGAUGCGACGCCAUCGUCUGUCUCCUCAGAGGGGCGGCCCUGCCAAUGACUUGGCCCACAGUCAGGAGGAAGAGAUCAUGUCUCUGCAGAUGAAGCACUCAGAGCACGAUGCUCACCACGAUAUGGAACCUCUCCGGCCACAUGACAUCCUGCGGCCCGCCUGUCCGCCUGACUACACACUGGCACUGCGCCGUGCCCCGGACGAUGUCCCACUGAUGACUCCAAACACCAUCACCAUGAUCCCCAGUACCAUCACCAGCAUGCAGCCUCUUCAUGCUUUUAACACUUUCCCCUCUACUGGCCACAACAACACCCUGCCACACCCGCAUUCUACAACCAGGGUAUAGUACGGACUGCUGUGAUACAGCGCCACCCAAUGACCAGCAAGACUGGCUGUGCUGUUGAUCUAGAAAAGAGGCUGCUGGGUGUGGGCCUUUGUUCUGGUUUCUGACUAUUUUGUCUGUCCCCUGCUGUAAAACCUUGGCGCCCUCCACUGGCGGAAAGUGGACAAGCACCUGGACGGCAAGUCAGCAGAAAAUGCAUUUGGAGAGGAUCAAAACUUUAAAAAGAUUCUGCUCUUAAGAGAAGUCUGCAUUUUCCUGACUGUAGCUCUGUGACAUCUGUCAAAGGGAAUUUUAGUUUUGUAAGAUCUCCCGUUUUAUUCUACAGCUACGUCACCAACAUACAGUCGAUUCUUCUUUUUUCAACAUUUGCCCUAUCCAUACAUUGUUUCUUUGUACUCUGCAGAAUGUGUUUCUGCUUAGUGACUCACUGUUGAAAACUUAGCAGGAUCUGCAGGAGGAUCUGACAUCUCUCUCUCUCUCUCUCUCUCUCUCUCUCUCUCUCUCUUUCUCACACACACACACACCACACACCACAUGGAAACCAGCAUUUUUGGUGCCAAGUAUGUUUAACUGUGUUUGUGUUCCCUUUUGAAGCAGAUGGAGGUAAGAAAAUUCUAGACUACUUCUAUUUAGUGUUAACUAAAAGAUGCUGUGCGCUCUCAUGACAACGUGCCAAACAGGCCCCCUGUUGUUUUCCUCAAU